AAUAAAAUAGCUUACUGGAUUUGACACCUCUAGAGAGCUAGGGGGAGAGAACCACAGUGGAUCAGGCUGAAUGACAAGCAUAGCUUUCUUAUCGAAGAGUUGGAAUUGCGAGAGAUAUGCCUACUGUAAUUCGCCAAAUUCCGAAUCAAAUGCAGAGCAGAGUAUGCGCCCUAGCUGGAUAUAAAUAGAUUGCGCCCAAAUGUGAUUCACAUGUCUCGUGUCAAACAUCGACGACGAAGGGGCUAACCUUUGUCCCUUCUGCAGUUAGCAAGCAUGUGUGUUGAGUGAAACGCUGGCAUUGACUGUUAUUGCUCCUGUCGCUAAAGGGACAAAGUUGUUUGGAAAACGUCUGCUCGCCCGCUGCGUGGUGCAGUAACAAAAUGGUUUAUACGGAGAUCAACCGAACCUCAAGUCCAAAACGGAGAAAUCAUCUGCUUAUUUGUCUAUGUGUGGUGUUAAUGGCCAUAGUUAUCCUAUCUGUUACACUUGGACUUACUCUUGGAACUAGUUCGUCCAGCAGUCUAAAGGCAACAUUUACGAAUAGAUGCCAAACUUAUUUAAAAGACAACGGCGCAACGACGAGUCAAAAUGAUUGUGAGAAGAUUUGGGAAUCAUUCAAGCAAGCAUUUGUGGGAAGGAAUCCAUGUGAUGUCCCUCCAGACGCAUAUGACUCCCUAUUACACAGAGUGUCCCACGAUCCAGCAUGUAACCGGAUGUUAUUCUGGAGCAAAACUAAAGAAAUAGUUCAUGCUUUCACUGAGAAAAGGAGCUGUUACUUGACUUUAGAGGACACUCUACUUGGCUUCACCUUGGAUGGACUCACUUGGUGUGGCAAAAAUGAGAGCCAAGAAACUUUCACCACAGGAUGUCCAGGCUGGUCAGAUUGUGUGAACAACCCUGUUCGGUCAUUCUGGAAUGGAGCCUCAGCAGCAUUUGCAGCAUCUGCGUGUGGUGAUGCCUCUGUCAUGCUGAAUGGGUCCAUAGAUAUGCCUUUUAAUCCAACAAGCAUUUUUGCAUCUGUAGAAGUGAAACAUUUCCACUCCUCAAUCAUGAAUGGCUUGACUGUCUUACUUGUUACCAAGGAAACAGACACCAAAACGUGUGGGAGUGAUGCCUCACUGAAAGAUCUACAAAGUCAGCUGGAUCCUAAACUGAAAUAUACAUGCAAAAUAGUUCCCCAGUCAAAAAUUCAGAACUGCAUCUCACAACCACAGAUAGCCUGUGGUGACUGCUGGUGACAUCUUUUCAGUCUACAAGUGGUUUACACAUUAACAUAUCCAUGGCCUAUCCAGAGGCCUACCCCGAUCAUUUUCAAAUUGUCUUAGAAAUUCUGCUAGGGAGUCAUUUUCUUUUAACGUGAAAUGUUAUUAGGAUAAAAGUUAUUGUGAGGUGUCAGAGAAAGAUUGUAAGCUCUAGAUUUGGUGUCUAUUCCAUAGCAGUCAGAAUGAUCAAAAGAUUAUGUACGUAACAGUUCACCAUUAUGCAUUUACCUUUGACAUGCUAUAGCCCAUAUAUAUUGUUUCUGUAGUAAAGCUUAAUAGCAGCCACAAAAGAUAUUACAGCAACUUUUUUUUACCUCAAUAAGAAAGAUAACCAGCAAAUAACCACGUUGUACUAAUAACUGUUUAAGUGGUCUUUCUUAUUCUGUUUUGUAUUUUUGUUAGAUUUAUUGUCAUUUGUCAAAGACAUUUUAAAUCCAAUAAGAAACAUGAAAGCUCAGUGUGAUAUGUGCUAGAUUCUUUAUAAUGUGAAUUAUAACAAGCUGCUUUAGGAAACCAUAUGUAGAGACGUAUGUAUGAACUGUCAAUCAGUUGUGCGUUUCUACAAAAAAGUUCCAUCCUUGCACUCAAAGAUGAAUGAAUGUACAUUUAAAACAUGAUAAGUGAAAUACUCUGUUGGAGGGUGUUCAGGUAUGAACAUAGAGGGUCAAUCUAGUCAAACUAAUGUAAUUAAAAUGUUGACAAUCGCAAAAUAUCCAUGAACGAUGCUUCAGGAACUAUACUCUGGACCUGUCAUUCCAACUACCAAACAAAGCCCAUGUUUGCAAUUGAAAUGUGUUGGAGCGAGUGUUGGAACACCAAAUCUAAGAAUGAUGGUUCUAACUCCAAAGAUUGCGAUGGAGGUUAGCCAAUUAGCCUUUCUAAAAAUGCACCCCAGAAAUUAUUACAUUACAUUUAUAUCAGAUAUGCAGUAAACUUUCCGGUCCAAAGUACCUGUAACUUGACACAUUAUAUGGGAAACACCUGACCUGAUGCUUACUUAACAGCUUACUUAAAAGUUUUCUAAGCACGGUUGGAUGACGUCACUCCUAUUGACAAACAGAGCUGCUCGUAAUAUUUGAAACCUGCUAAAUUGUGAAUGUGUUUCAUGUGUUACAUUUUGAUGGUACUACAUAUUUUGUAUACUUCUGAAAAGAUUAUAUAUUAUGUUGUUUGAGGAAGGGAAACUAGAGCCUUUGUAAAUAUCAUAGUUUGUCUAUUAAUCUGUCUUAACAGUAAUAAAUC